ACUCUGUUUCGUCCCUGCCUUGCCCUCCGCCUCUCGCAACCACCGCUAAAUCUCUCUCUCUACUCUCUCUCCUCCGAUAGAUACAUAGAGUGUGUGUAUGUACAACCUCCUUCUUCCGCCGAAAGUAGGUGAGGACUCUGUACAAUUCGCCGGAUAAUCGGUUCUGUCGUCGGGGAUACGGAAGCUCGGGGUGAAGGAUCGUGCUUAGGCUAAUGGAGUUCUGACGUCACCCUCCUUUCGGCACCGGAAUUGACUGCAUGUUCUCUCUAAACCCUAAACGGAGAGCGCCGGUUUCUUCUCACCUCGGACUCUGAUAUAUUCUUACCUUAGAACACCAGUUUUCCGCGUGGUAAAGGUAUUCUCUUUUCCCCUGCCUUCCCGAUGAAUCCUCUCUAGUUUAGGCCAAAAUUCUCCGAUUCUGGAAAUCCGAAGACUGUACUUGCGAUUUUGAACGUCUUUUCCAGAUUCUAUUUUGUUUUAUAUAAUAUAUACAGUAAUAGGUAGAACCGUAGAAGUGAGUUUUUGGGGUUAAUUUGACUAAGGUUCGACUCAAAUUGAGUGGAGCAUAUGAGAAUUUAGGAGUGAUUUGUACCGGUGAUUUACGCUUCGCCAUGAGGAUCCAGCCUGUAGAUUUCAUCUCACCUGAAGAGCCGUCGCGGUAUGAACCGAUUAAGCCUGUGGCCAAGUCGCGGUUCAAGCGGCUUUUUGAGAGACAGUUUCCUGGCCUUCUGAGGACUUUGUCGGCUGAGAAGCCGGCUAGCAGCGAGGAGACGAUUUGCAACAAGGAUGUUUCUGAUGUUUUUGAACCGAGCUCCGUUUGCUUGGCUAAGAUGGUCCAGAAUUUCAUUGAGGAGGGUGAGGAGAAGCAUCGUUGCUGCCUGAAUCUAUGCAAUUGCUUCCACAGGAAUUGCCUGGACUCUGACGAAGACGCCCCCGACUCAUGCAAUUGCUUCGGUGACUCUAGCAAUGUCUCAUCCUUGGAUGCAUGUGAAAUUUUGAAGAGUUUGGUUCCGUGUGUCAUUGUCUCAGAGAGGAACCUCUUGGCGGACACCACCAAGAUCAUUGAGAAGAAUAAGAUGAGCAAGAGAAAGGACAACCAUUGUCGAAAGACCAUAGUGGACAGCCUCAUCGCUCUGGGAUAUGAUGCUUCAGUCUGUCAAUCUCGCUGGGAAAAAUCUCCUCGCAUUCCUGCUGGUGAAUAUGAAUAUAUCGAUGUUAUAUAUCAAGGAGACCGGUUGAUAAUCGACAUCGAGUUCAGAUCAGAGUUUGAGAUAGCCAGGCCCACUAAAACGUACAAGUCUAUCCUUCAAGCUCUACCCAACACAUAUGUGGGCAAGCCUGACCGCCUUCAAAAGAUAAUAUCCAUAGCAUCUGAGGCUGCUAAGCAGAGUUUGAAGAAGAAAGGUAUGCCUGUCCCACCUUGGAGACAACAUGAGUAUGUCAGGGCUAAAUGGUUCUCUCCCUAUACCAGAGUCGAUGCAGCAUCCGGAAAGGCGCCCGGAAAGGAAGAAACUUCUUUGAUGCCCAAGGAUGGGGGAAGUGUAUGUGAAGCUGACUUGAUGACUGCUAGCGGUUGUGAGCUGAUAUUUGGAGAGGGAUCUUCCACCGUCAGUUUCUCUAACAGUUUACAAAAUGGAGUGAAGAAAAUUACUGGUUUGUCUUCAUUGAUUGAAGAGAAGCCUUGACGAUUUCUAACCUUGAUUUUCCGCAAUUCUAAUGUUUUGUUUUGUUAUAGUAAUAAUAAGAGAACUUCUGUUCCUGAGUUUCUGCCCCUGGGUUUUGGUUUUUGGGGCUCUGACCAUACGGUCCAAGUUAUAUACUUAUAUUCCUUGGUUAAGUAAUGCCCUUCGCCUUUUAAUGUAAGGGUAAGUAAGGAGUAAGUCCUGAUGCACGUAUAUCCAAUACAAAUAGUAGAGAAGAAUAUGAUAUAUGUAGUGUAACUGAUACUAUGGUGAUCUUUGUGUCCUCGUUAAUAAUAAUAUUGACUUUAAUAACUC